AAUUGACUACAGUUUUAGUGGUGAGCAAAUUGCAAUAAUAGUAUAGUAAAUUGUCAUACAACGACCAGCAGUGGUGUGUGCCAACAACAGCGGGUUUAAAAUAAACAUAUAUUUGAAGGGAUUACUGGUGAAAAGAAAAGUCCAUGAUGUUGUCGAAACGAGUUUUGUCGUCCCUAUGGUGGAACCUUCGAUUCAGGCAACAUAUAAAUGUUGUACCGGCCGUAGCCAUGACUAAAUGCAAGAUUAGUUCAAACUCAAGAUUGCUUGGUCAAAGCAGUCAGGUGUUAAAUGACAUAAACUUGGUUUUCUCCCCUCCGGUUAAUUCUGUAUCUAUAAAUCAGACAGAAAUGGAAGACAUGAAGAAAACUCAAAUCUUGUCUGACUUUAUGGAAACAAUGAAAUUCAUGACAAUAGAUCAACUUUUAAAUGAAGCUACCAACAUUACUAAUAUAGAGCAGGCUAAUAUAUUUCUUACAGUGCUGUGUGUCAAAUUAAAAGUACAGAAUGUGUCAUCUACUGAUAGCAUAGAACAGGUUCUCACAGAUCAUAGACUUCAAAAUCUUUUUUCUUUUUUUGAUUUGGAAAAUAAUGAUAUUCCUGCUUACAUAUGGAUAAACACAUUAAAGAAUUUAUUCAAAUUAAAUAUAACUAAUUUCGAUUUAAAGCAUCGUGUGCAGUCUCAUUUAGUUUCAGUUAUUGAUAAAUUAAGCAUAUCUGACCUCAUUAAAUUAAGCACUGCUUAUAAACAUUAUAAAGAGAAAGAUUUUGACCAGCAACAGAUCUUUGAUAGGAUUAUAAAUAUUUUAGAAGACAAAUGUGCCAAUGUAACGAUAAAACCAAAUGAACUUAUUUCUGUUAUGUAUUUAUUUGCAAAUUUAAACAAUAUGAAUGGGUUGGAAAAAAUAGAAAAACAAUUGUUAUCUUUAGUGCCUGAAAUGAAAGUAACUGAAUUAUAUAAAGUGAUUUUCAUACUUAGUUCAUGUGUAAUUCCACGACGUAAAGAUGCAUUACUAAAGACUGUGGUAACACGUUUGAAUAAAUGUGAGAGGCUAAAUCUAACUAGAAGUCAGUUGUCAAAGUUAUUAUAUGCUUGUGGAGUUUUAAGUAUAUAUGAUGUACAGUUGUUGAACAAGAUUUGUGAUGAAAUUAAGAAUUUACAUAAUAUAGGUUCCAGAAAAAUAGAUUUUAUAUGUUCAAUUAUAAUAUCUCUUGGUCGCUUAAGGUGGAAAGAUACAGAAUUGUUAUAUGAAUGUUCCACAACAUUAGACUUACGUCAAAACGAAAUUCAUCGUUUACCAGAUAAACCAAUUGUUAUGAAGAAUAUUUUGUUGGCAUUAGCAAGACUAGAUUAUAAACGUCUACCACCUUUAUUUAAACAGCAGUAUACAGAAUUAACUAACCCUGCAGACAGGAUAGAUUUUGUUUGGUCUUUAGUGGUUCUACAGAAAGCUCAACCAAAGCAUUUUAAAGAUAUUCUAAAUCCUGCUUUUUUAAAGCAUUUUACAUCUCAUGGCAAUUCUACAGACCAGUAUAAAAUGGUUUUAAGCCAUCAGAAAUUACAAAAUAUUGAUUGUGAUGCCAGAAAAGUAACAGUUUAUAACGGUCCAUAUUUACCAGAAAGUUACAGUUUUUGUUUACCAAAGGAAUUAGUAGGGUGUGAAAAACAAUCACAAGAUCUUGUGUUAUCAGCUUUAGAUAAAAUGGCUCCUUCUGAUAGAUUUUUGAAUACAUCUGAGUGCCCAGGUGGCCAUUCUGUUGAGGCUAUUUUGUAUGUAGAUGAUGAUGGAAAUCCACAGAAUUUAAACAAUAUUACAGACAAACAUCACAAAAUUUGUAUCAAGAUUCAGAGUUUUUCGGAUACAACAUUGAAAACAGAAGGACCGACUGGAAUAAUGUCAAUGACAAUAAGACAUCUAGAAUUUAUGGGAUAUAGAGUUGUUAUAGUUCCUUACACCAUACUGUCUGGUAAACCUAAACUGCUGGACAUAAUUCGGUAUAUCAAAACUGGUAUAAAAGAGGCUGUAGCGAAAUCAAAAUCUUCGGAAUAGUUAUAGGAUAUUUAGGUCAAUUAUAGUAUGUUACGUUUGCUUUGUUUUCUUGAUAAGAUUAAAUAAUAAUUUUUUAAAUUAUUCAGUAAAAUUGAUUUCAAUUUUA